AUGGCGACUUCUGUGGGGAGUAGAAUCAAAUUAGAAGGGUCUGCAGGUACUGGCUCCCAAAUUAAUAUUAUACCUGUUGUAACAGCAGAUAGAGUUGGUCAAACUCUUGUCGUACAACCAGUACAACAAAGUUUUGUGAACGUCAACAAUAAUGGACAACUUGCAAAUGCUACAUUGUAUGCAGCUAGUGCAGUUCAUGAUGAUGGAUCUAAUAAAUCAACGGAUGAUGAUGAACAUCACCUAGAUCAUAAAGAUAGGAAGUUUUCUACAGUUACUGUUGAUAAUGACCAUUAUAUUGUUGCAAAAUCAGAAGGGACACAUGGAACAUAUUAUACUUCCCUUACACCGGUACCUACGUUGGUUCCCAAAGUAGAACCUAUUGAUUAUGAUGAUGUUGGUCAAUCUCCUUAUGUACAGUAUGUUGAAGGAAUUGGCGAACAAGCAACUUUCAGUAAUGGAGAAAUGGAGUAUCCAGUAUAUACUGUUGGUGAAAGUGGAACUAUGCAUCAUACUGAUCAAACCCAUUAUUACAGCACAAAUUCUUUUUCUCAAGAUAUGUCAUAUCAUACAGUUAACGCCACUGAGUCUGGUAUAACAAACAUAAAUCAACUGAAUAGUAUCGAGGAGUCAAAUAGAGAAACGCAAAACUCCAGUCUCAUCCAAGCAAAUAAAAUUUCUCCUGCAACUGUCGACUGGCUGAUGGAUAAUUAUGAAAAGGCUGAAGGAGUGUCGUUACUUCGAUCAACAAUAUAUGAUAAUUAUUUAACACAUUGCUCGGAAACUAAAUUGGAUCCUUUAAAUGCCCCAUCAUUUGGUAAACUUAUCCGAUCUGUGUUUACGGGAUUGCAAACAAGACGUCUAGGAACUCGAGGAAAUUCCAAAUACCAUUAUUAUGGUAUUAGAAUUAAACCUAAUUCAUUAUUAAAUGACUUUAAAGAAGAAGAAAGCCUACCUGUUGAAACAACAAGUCAAAGUAGUAGUUCAAAAAAAAAUAAAAAAAUAAAAACUGAAGAGCAAAAUUGCAAUCAAUAUAUCACCAAUAGUUCAGAUUCUGGUAAUUAUUCUCAAAACAGUAUUCCAUCUUCUCCUCAUGCCCAAGACCAAGAAUAUUUAGGUGACGGUGCUAAUGCUGUACCAGAAUUUCCUGAUACUAAAUUUGAUGAGAUACUAUUGGAUGAUGAUUGUACUUUAGAAGAUGUAGAUACAUUCAAAAAUUUGUACCGUGAACAUUGUGAAGCAUUUUUAAGUGCCGUAAUGAACUUAGAAUUUGGCACUAUUGAGUCACUUUGGCGUCAAUUUUGGUGUAGUCAAAAUUAUGAAUAUGAAGGAGGACAAUAUUUAUCUAAAGAAAAAUUAUAUUCACUGUCAAAGUGCAAAACAUUGCAACUGUUUGUGAAAACUGUUGAUUUGCUAUUUUAUCAAAACUUGGUUAAAGUUUUGAUUCCAGAUGUUCUUCGGCCUGUUCCUAGAACAUUAACAGAUGCAAUUAGAAAUUUUUCCAAAAGCCUAGAGGCAUGGCUUAUAUCAGCUAUGCAAGGAUGUCCAGAAGAAAUUAUCUCAAUAAAAGUGACUGCUGUUAGAGCUUUUGCACAAACACUACGCAGAUACACUACUGCAAGAGCUGUGCUUCAAAAUUAUACUCAAAUAAAUCAAAUGCUUACUGAUUUGAAUCGUAUGGACUUCCGUAAUGUACAACAAGUUCAACUUGUAAAUAAUUUGGGAAGUGAAAAUUAUGCGGUUCAUACCGAAAAAAGAGUUUAUAGUAGAAUAAAUGAAGAGUCGGAAAUGCUUUUGGAUUUUAAUGAAUUCUCCAAAAAAAUUAAAACUCACAAUUCUACUGCUUCCACAACUCGAGAACAUUUUAAUAUUUUAUUACAAAAUCCAUCAAAAAAAACUAAGAAAAAUAAAUCUAAGAUAGCAAUAAAAGAAGAAAGCGAGUCGUCAAAAGAUGGAUCUAAACAAGAAAAUCUUAAAAUAAUGGAAUAUUUGAAAGAAGAAAUGUCUGAAGAUGAUGCAGAAGAGAUAUUCAAUGAGACUGCUACGAUUAACGCUCCUUAUAAUUCAAGAAUUUCAGAAGUUCACGAAGAGUAUCCUAAAUUAUUUCAUAAAUUAUCAAAAAAAAAAAUGAAUCAACAGAAAAAAGUUAUUGAGAUCAUGACUCAAGCGGAAAUUAUGUCACCGAGAAAAUCAAAUAAACAAAAUCAACAGCCGACUUAUAAAGACUUUUCGAAAAACAAUUUCCCUCAAUCAGUGGACAUGGAUGAGGAAACAUAUGAUAAUAAUGAUCGUAUUGGCGUUGAUAACGAAAAUAAUUUUGAGUUCUUCGAUGCUCGGGACGAUUACAAUUCGGAAUAUCCCACUAUGACCGACACAGGCCAGUUUUCUUGUCAAUUUUGUGAUAAAGAAUUUACCAACGCCAAUAGUUUAUCCAGACACGAAAAUGUUCACACUGGAAAAGCUCCUCUUGAGUGUGAUGUUUGCUUCAAAACGUUUAUCAGCAAAUCUAUAUUGUGUAUACAUAAAAGAUCACAUACCGGAGAGAAACCCUAUGGGUGCAUCAUUUGUGGACGAUCAUUUACGCAAAAAUCGCAUUUGGUUUUACAUUAUAGAACACAUACAGGCGAAAAACCGUACGAGUGUGGCUUGUGUGAAAAAAAAUUCUCAUCAACCAGUGGUCGAGCAGAACAUACCCGUAGACGUCACCCAUACGUUUGA